AUGCCGGUGCGGGUUCUUGUGGCGCUGCCCCCGAUGGACGGGCCCGCCGUGACGGAGGCGGUGCUGGAGGAGCUCACCGUUUCGUCGUCGCGCCUGCAGCAGGCCACCCGGCAGCGCUACCCCGUCGCGUGCGAACGUCCUGUGUUGGAGGGGCGUUGGCGCGGCAAGUGGCACCGUUUCGCGGAGGAGGUUGCGGGGUUGCGCUGCCUCCUCGACACGCCGCUGGACUACGCCGAGGCCUGCGGACUCUGGGCCCACAUCGCGCCGAAUGAGCUGCGGUGCUGCCUUGUGGGCGAGGACCCCCGCGUGGUGCGGCAGGCGGACGAGGACAUGGGCGCACGGCUGCGUGAGCGUCUUCUCCACAAGGGGACUUUGCACUGCUUCCGCGAUGCGGCGCUGCGGGCGGCGCAGGCGGAAGUUGGCGCGGGUGUUUCUGCUGGCGUCAACCCUGCGGGGGCUCGCGAAGGGCGCGUCCCUCUCUGGCUGCGACGGGGGCGCCGUGCCACUUUCACCGCUCCUCUCUGGUCUCGUCAGAGGGACGUUGUGUUUCGCUUUCCUCACAGGGGCGCCAAGUUUUUACUUUAUUAUCACGUUUUGUUUGUUUGGCUCUCUCACAGCUGGAUGGGGGCUGUCUGGCCUGCUCGCGCGUCCCUCGGAGGCGCCGCUCCGCCGGCCUUUUUUGCUUUUGGGUUUCGCUUUUGUGUGCGUGCUGCGUGCCGCGUCUGUCGCCCGCCCACGUGUGGGCUGCGGUGGACUCCUCUCUCUCUUUGUCUCUUUUGCUGA